AUGGUAACAGUCAGUAUUGGUGAAGUAUUAAUCUCUGGUGUUCAUGCUCAUGUUAAAAAAAGUCAUAGGAAGUUUCUCUGGUCUGAGAUGGAAAUUAUUAGUCAGAUACAAAAACCAUGGGUUGUUGUAGGUGAUUUCAAUGCUAUAAUUUCACCUGAAGAAAAAUUUGGUGGUAAAGCUCCUAACAGAAGUUCAAUGAUGGAUUUUCUUCAUUGCCUGAAUGAAUGCAACUUAAUUCAAGCUCCUAGCACAGGACAGCAAUACACCUGGUCCAAUUGUCAACAAGGUACAAAAAGAAUCCUAUGUGUCUUAGAUAGAGCUGUUUUCAAUUCUUUGUGGUUACAAAAAUAUGGUGAUUGGGGAUAUAAGGUUGGAUUAAGGAUAAUUUCAGAUCAUGCUCCUUUAUUAUGUGGUUGUGCAAGUAUACCAAGACCAAAAAAUGUUCCCUGGAAAUUUCAGAAAAUGUGGAUUGAUCAUCCAUUAUUCUUAAGUGAAGUGAAGAAAGUAUGGACUGAGAAUAUUAUUGGAGAUCCAUCAUUUAUUUUCUUGCAGAAGCUAAAGAAUUUAAAAAAGGUUCUAAAUGAGUGGAAUUGGAGUAUUUUUGAUAACAUUAAUACAAAAAUUAAAGAGGCAGAAGUGAAGGUUCAAAAAGCAAUGGAGCUAUCUGAUCAAAAUCCCUUAGAUGAAGAUCUCUUAGCCAACUUAGUAGUAGCUCAAAAUGAAUAUGCAACAAGAGAAGUUCAAGCAAAUACUCUUAUGAGACUUAAAUCCAGAGAAAAAUGGAUUAAAGAUGGUUCUGCAAACACUGCAUACUUCCAUGCUAGAAUGAAGAUUAGACAAGCAAGAAAUACAAUCAGUGAACUAGAAGAUGCAGAUGGAAAUAUUAUUAGUGAUCAAUCUCAAAUUUCAAACAUUUUAGUCAAACAUUUUCAACAAAAAUUUGAAGCUCAAAAUGUGGAUGUUUCUGAAGAAUUGCUGGAUGUUAUUCCUUCAGUUAUUACAAAUGAAGAUCAAGAAAUGUUGGACUCCAUUCCCACCACAGAAGAAAUCAAGAAAAUUGUUUUUGAAAUGAACUCAGAUAGUGCACCUGGUCCAGAUGGAUUUCCUGGAUCAUUUUAUAAAAGUUGCUGGGAUAUAAUUCAAUUGGAUUUAAAAGAUGCCAUACAAUUCUGUUGGAGAAGAAGGUUUAUCCCCAAGGGCCUAAAUUCAAAUUUCCUAACCCUCAUUCCUAAAUGUGCAGGUGCUAAGAAACCAAGUCAAUACAUACCAAUUGGAUUGAGUAAUGUAUUAUUCAAAAUUUUCACAAAGAUAAUUUCUGUCAGAAUGAAUGGACUCAUGGAGAAGUUAAUUUCAUCACAACAGGCUGCUUAUGUUAAAGGGAGAAGCAUUCAAGAACAAAUACUUCUAGCUUCAGAGAUGGUUAAUGAAAUGAGGAAAAAGAGAAGAGGUGGUAAUGUGGCUUUGAAACUGGACAUAUCUCAGGCUUAUGAUUCUGUAAGUUGUACUUUUCUUCUUAAAGUUAUGCGCAAAUAUGGAUUUUCUUCAUCUUGGUGUAAUUGGUUGUUAAGCAUUUUUGAAUCUGCAAAAUUAUCAGUAAUGAUCAAUGGAGGACCAUGUGGUUUUUUCUUAAUGCAUAAGGGUCUUAAGCAGGGUGAUCCAUUAUCCCCUAUCUUAUUUAUUUUGAUGGAGGAUGUAUUGAGUAGGAAUAUCACAAAUUUGGUUAAUACAGGGCAAAUAACUCCAAUGGUAGUCAGGAAUGGAAUAUACCCAACUCACUUAUUUUUUGCUGAUGAUGUUUUCUUGUUCUGCAAUGGAGCUAAGAAGACUUUGCUUUGUCUAUUCAAGCUGAUUGAAAAAUAUCAACAUAGCUCUGGUCAGAUGAUUAACAAAGCCAAAAGCAAGUGUUUUAUUGAUGGCACCAAUUCAGUCAGAAAGCACCAAAUUAGCAGUAUAAUUGGUAUGGAUAUAUCUUGUUUUCCAGAUAAGUAUCUUGGUAUCAUUCUAGCUCCAGGAAGAGUAACUACAGAAAUGGUCUGGCCAAUGGUACUUAUGCUUCAGAGUAAACUUGCAACUUGGAAAGGAAAAUUACUAUCCUUUCAUGAUAGACUGAUUCUUGUUAAAACAGUGUUGUGCAGUUACCCUCUUUACAAUAUGGCAGUUUACAAAUGGCCAUCUUCUGUUAUUAAGAUCUGUGAAAAACUAAUAAGAAACUUUCUAUGGUCAGGUGAUGGUGAGAUUAGAAAGUACAAAACUUUAUCUUGGAAGAAGAUCUGUGUGCCAUACAAUGAAGGUGGCUUGGGUAUUAGAAGGCUAGAAGUAUUUAACAAAAUUUUGCUAAUGAAAAUGAUGUGGAAAUUGAUAUACUCAUCAGAUGAAUGGGCUCUGUUUUUUACAGCUAAGUUCAAAGAUAAAUAUGGUAUAAGGUUUUUAAAAUGGAAAUUAUCAUCUGUAAGAGCAGGUCUGCAAUGGGCUUGGCUUACUUUACAAGAAGACAUCUCUUGGAAGGUUGGAAAUGGAGCUAACAUCUCUGUCUGGUUUGAUAACUGGUAUGGAUCAUCCCCACUAAUCAAUGAAAUUGGUUACACAGAAUUUAUCCAUAACAAUAUGCAAUUAAAAGUUCAGAACUUAAUCAGGAUUAACCAAUGGAAUAUACAUCCUCAGUUGCAGCAUUUGUUACAGUAUGAUAAUUUGCCUCAGAUCCACAGUGAAAGUGAUUCCAUAAUAUGGAACCUACAUACAAGUGGUCUGUUCAAUAAUGCAAAGGCAGUGGAGAAAAUAAGACACAAGGAAGACAAGGUAGAAUGGUCUUCUUAUAUAUGGAGAAAAUCCUUGCAUCCAACUAUUGCCAGCAACAUUUGGAAACUUUUGCAGGGAGUUUAUGUGAAUUAUGACAUGAAAAGAAAGCAGGGAUAUGAAAUGCUUUCUAGGUGUUGUAUCUGCAAAUCAGAACAGGAUUUUAUGGAGCAUACACUGUGGCUUUGUGAAUUCAGUGUUCAUGUUUGGAAUUGUAUUAGCAAUAUGUUUCAAUUUCCCAGGCCAUACUCUUUUUCAGAUGUUUUCUCUGCAGCAAAACAACACAGUCCUUUCAUUGAUGAAGUAUGGACUGUUUCUUCUUGUACUGUCAUUAAGGAACUAUGGUUUCAAAGAAACGGGAUUUUCUUUGAAGGUGGUGAUGUUAACUUUCAUGGCUUCAAGCACAGGAUAAUGAAGACAGUCAAAGAACAUGGAGUUAGAAUAAGAGGAGUUAGAUGGAAUAAAAACUAUGAAAAUCAAAUUCUUAGUUACCUUAAAAUUGAUUCUUAA